AUGUCACCAGUGUUGCCUCCAUUGAAGUGUAUUGUCCCUCUGAUGUAUUGUCCCUCUGAUGUCAUCAGUGUUGCCUCCAUUGUAGUGGAUUGUCCCUCUGAUGUCAUCAGUGUUGCCUCAUUUGUAGUGUAUUGUCCCUCUGAUGUCAUCAACGUUGCCUCCAUUGUAGUGUUAUGUCCCUCUGAUGUCAUCAGUGUUGCCUCCAUUGUAGUGGAUUGUCCCUCUGAUGUCAUCAGUGUUGCCUCCAUUGUAGUGGAUUGUCCCUCUGAUGUCAUCAGUGUUGCCUCAACUGUAGUUGGAUUGUCCCUUUAUGUCAUCAGUGUUGCCUCCAUUGUAGUGGAUUAUCCUUCUGAUAUCAUCAGUGUUGCCUCCAUUGUAGUGGAUUGUCCCUCCAAUGUCAUCAGUGUCACCUCCAUUGUGGUGUAUUGUCCCUCUAAUGUCACCAGUGUUGCCUCCAUUGAUGUGGAUUGUCCCUCUGAUGUCAUCAGUGUUGCCUCCAUUGUAGUGUAUUGUCCCUCUGAUGUCAUCAAUGUUGCCUCCAUUGUAGUGGCUUGUCUCUCUAAUGUCACCAGUGUUGCCUCCAUUGUAGUGGAUUGUCCCUCUGAUGUCAUCAGUGUUACCUACAUUGUAGUGUGUUGUUCCUCUGAUGUCAUCAGUGUUACCUCAAUUGUAGUGGAUUGUCCCUCUGAUAUGAUCAGUGCUACCUCCAUUGUAGUGGAUUGUCCCUCUGAUGUCAUCAGUGUUGCCUCCAUUGAAGUAGAUUGUCCCUCUGAUGUCAUCAGUGUUGCCUCCAUUGUAGUGUGCUGUCCCUCUGAUGUCAUCAGUGUUACCUCCAUUGUAGUGGAUUGUCCCUCUGAUGUCAUCAGUGUUGCCUCCAUUGUAGUGGAUUGUCCCUCUGAUAUCAUCAGUGUUGCCUCCAUUGUAGUGGAUUGUACCUCUGUUGUCAUCAGUGUUGCCUCCAUUGUUUUGGAUUGUCCCUCUGAUGUCAUGGAUUGUCCCACUGAUGUCAUCUGUGUUGGACUCAACACUUAG